AUGGCAGGUGGGCAUGGCUUCCUGCCACUCCGGCCUGGUCCCGCUGACGUCGGAAGCUCACGGUCGAAGCAACCAUCCGGCCAGGUUGGCGCUCGCUAUGAUCUUCAAAAGGUUCUUGGGACGGGAUCAUUUUCUGCGGUAUGUCUAGCUCACGACAACCUUGAAGGCGACAAGGUAGCGCUGAAGCGGGUGGGGGAUGUAUUUGCAAGCCUGGAGAACGCCAAGCGGGUGCUGCGGGAGGUGUGCAUUAUGCGCCGCCUGGAGCACACCAACAUCAUUCGCUUGAGGGACGUCUUUCUGAAGCCUUCGCCCACGGGGAAGUACGUGUUCCGAGGUGGCCGCCUGGUGCCCACCAGCUAUGACUGCUACAUGGUGAUGGAGUAUUGUGACCAGGGCGACCUGUUCAACAUGCGUGGUCAGCUGCCUGAGCACGAGGUGCGCAGCCUUAUGUGGCAGCUGCUGAGUGCGCUCAGGUACCUCCACGGGCUAAAUGUAUGGCAUCGAGAUAUUAAGACGGGAAACCUGCUGUUGACGCUGCACGAGGGGCGACGGUUGCUUAAGGUGGCUGACUUCGGGUCGGCUCGUUCGGCGAAGGACGCGAGCGAUGCGGGACCGGCAGCACAACUGAACGGUCGUGAUGAACGCGCUUUCGGAGCUCAUAUCCUCGGGACAUCCAGUAUGGAGCUGCCGUUACCUCUGGGGGGCUUUGACGGCAUGGAUGUUGAAAAUGACAUCUCAAGCUCCCCGCUGGGCCAUAUCGCCUCCGCCCCAGUUGGCCGCCGCGGCGGUGGUGACAGCAGCUGCGACGCCGGCGGCGAGGAUGAGCGCUGCACCUCCGCUGGUGGCCGGCCACCCCGGUCCACGGCGGGUGCCGUGGGUUGCCACUCCACGGCCGGCGGGCUGGUGGCGGUGCCGGCGGCUGACGGUGGCUACCAGCCCCCUCUGACAUCGCUGGUAUGCACGCCAUGUUACCGGGCCCCGGAGGUGGUGAUGAGUCGAGGCGGCUACAGCAGCGCGAUUGACAUGUGGUCAGCGGGCUGUGUAUUCGGGGAGCUGCUGCAGCGGGCCGCGUACCUUGGCAAGGCGUCGACACCGCACCUGCAGGUCGCGCCAGUUUUCGCCAUCACGGGCAAGCCGUUGACGCCCCAUGCCGGCCAGCGCUACGGUGCCGCGGAGCCGGGCGGCAGCGCAUCUGCCUAUGCCGAGCUGUCGGCGCUGUUCGCCGUGAUCGGCAGCCCCGCCUGGGCUUGCAUUGAAGCGGUGCCCAAUGAGGCCUGGCGCCGCUACCUCUACCACAUCCCCGGCAGGGCCCCCACGCUCUACCGGCGCUUCAGCCAGGCAGGGGAGGUGGCAGUGGACUUACUGGCACGGCUGUUGCAGUUUGAUCCGAGGCGGCGGGCCAGUGCAGAGGAGGCCAUGGCGCACGAGUACUUUGCCAUGUUGCAUAUGGAGGUGCAGUUGGCAGCCACCGGUCUGGCGCCUCUACAAAUGUCCGGCCUAGGGCACGUCCGCAGCCAGCUGCACCGCAGGACAGCUUCGGGAGACGGCGACGAGGCGGCAAAAGCGGCACCGGCGAGCGCUCGCGGGACAUCGGAGUCGUUGCUGGGAUCGUCUCCGCUGCCAACAUGGCCGCCGCGUCGUGGGCCAUCGCGACGUGGCAGCGGCUCUGGAGGCUCAGGGCCGGACGUCGGCAUGGAGCUCGAGGUGCAGAAUGGCGCGGACAGCAGCAGGUCGGGCGUUGUGGCGGGCCGUGAGCGGGCACUGGGGUCAGCCAUAGCCCUGCCCACAAGGCGCACCCUAAGCGCCCGGGUAGGGGUCUGUAGCUCGCUGCUCACCAAAAGGAAGCAGCUCGAGGAUUCCCGGGAAGAGGAGUCUUCGGAACGCGAGGAUGGACAGCAGCAGGGUUGGGCCCAGCAGCAGCAGGCAGUGCUAGCGGACGAGGGCGGGUCUCUUACGGACAAGAGCCCAAUCAGCUUCUGGCAAAUUGACGAGCCGGCGCUCGCGCUGGCGGCUCUGGAAGCGGAGCUGGCGCGGCUGGUGCCGCCCGAAAUGCCAGCCGCAGCUGCCACAGCGGGCUAUGACAGCUCGAGGGCGGCCACAGCGUUGCAGACACCCGAGGCGCUGGCUUUCGUGGAGGAUUGCAAGGAACGGCUGCGGGAGAUGCUGGAGAGGGAGUGUGUGGAGCACGCUGCGCGGGCUGCUGCCCGGCGAGGAGCCGAGCCCGGGUUGCGGGGACCCCGGUCCUCCGGCGGCGGCUCGGCGGCCGUCGGCAGCGGCAGUGGUGGCAGCGUCCGGCGCAACCACUCGGACGGGCUGCUGGUGGGGCAGGACGGCCAGAUCCUGGGCGGGGCGGCAGGAGCGGCCGCGCUACAUGGUCAUCUGCGCCCUGACCCCGGGCAGCAGCUUGAUCCUUCCAUUAUAGGGUACGAGCGCAUUCCAUAUCACGCCGAUGCUGCCGCCGCCCGUCUGGAGCCGGAAAAGCACCUUUGGGCGGGCCGACACGGCGAGUGGACGCAGUCGUCCCUUGCCGAACAACGGCGGGAGGCGAGUACCGGCACCUGGGGAGUGACGCUGAUGCCCCCGGGGCUCGAUGCGGCUACGCCGGCUGGCAAGGCUUACAUUGAUGUGAUGCGGUCGCAACAUGCAAGAUGA